AUGGAUCUAAUUCAUUGUAAAGACAUAUCAGAUAACCCCUACAGGACAAAACAUAAUCUUACAGAACAAGAGUUGAAGAUAAGAAAAAAGUGCAUUGCUGAGUACACUUUGGUAAGUUUUGCUUUAUCUUUAAAAGCGUUGUAAUAUUUUAUGUAAUGUGACAUUUUUAGAUUGAACAAAAUGAAGUUUUACCACCUCCUUACACUUGGUAUAGCGAUCAAAUCGCUGGACAUAAUAUAAACGUGAUAAAAGACGGGAAAUGUCAAAUAGGUAUGAAUAGCUUUACAUUUAUUAAAGCUUUGCUGAACAUUAAUAUAGUUUUUAAAGCUGGUUCAACCCUUAAUUGUAAUUUUUUUGUGUAAAAUGAUUUUUUUAGGUAUAAUCAAAAAAGAUGAUUCUAAAAUCUUGAAGCUUCGUAUGCCUUUUGAACGUGGAGAUUGUGAGGUAAUCGAAUUUGUUAUUUUUAUUUCUUUUUAGGUUUGGUUUUACAGCAUGAUUCAGAAAGCUUCAACUUCUUUAAAUCAAAUUGACAAGUUAGAGGCUGCUUUCAAAGAUUUGGUGGAAUGGGUCCCAAAAUACUACGGGUUAGAGACAUUACUUCUUUCUGGAAUUGAUCGCCAAUUUUUGGUAAUGGAAGACUUGUUGGCCAGUUACCAACAGCCCUGUUUGAUAGAUGUAAAGAUGGGUAAGGUGUCCUUUGACCCACAUGCAACAGAACAGAAGAAAACCCAAGAACUGAGCAAAUCUGCAUAUCAACAAGCGUCUGGGUUCCGUGUUUUGGGCUACAGAGUCCAUAAGAAUGGACAGGUAGAGUCGAGAGACCGUGUGUGGGGCAAAACAUUAAACCAGGACAGCAUAACAGAAGGUACGUGUUUUGUUAUGUAAUUUAUUUGUAUGUUUAGGUUUCAAAUCGUUUUUGUCGUCAGAUCGGUCAGAUAAGUCAGCAACCAAAGGUUUACUGAGCAAGAUACGAUUGUUGGAAAAGUAAGUAAGAGAAAACAGUAAUUAUUUAUAGUUACUUAUUAAAGAUAGUAAUUUAGGUAAAACUUCGAUAAUAAUAUGUUUUUAGGCAUUUCCAGACACAUUCCCAAUUACAAUUCUACGCGAGUUCUAUUUUGUUAAUAUACGAAGGCGACCAAGCACUGCCUACCAAUGAACAAUUAAAGAUGAUAGACUUCUCUCACGUUUUUCAAAUUCCAAAUACCGCUGAUCUCAAUUACAUCCCCGGUUUACAAACACUAACGGAUAUAUUUGUAAAUAUUACUAGAUAA